AUGGCUCUUGCGAUAUCGCUCCUCUACGGUGUUCAUUGUCGCAACAGUAUGGACGUCAUUGUUCACGGCGAGUACUGGGUCAGCGUAUUACUUAUGUGCGAAGCCGCCGUCGCAUGCAUUUGCUGCCCCAUAUUCGGUUACAUCGUUGACAACACGCCCACCCGCCAAUUCCCUUAUCUGCUCGGGCUCAUACUCCUCGGCGCAUCCAUGGUCAUCCUAUCAAUUGCGCAUACAGUGGGAUUAUUCAUCGUCGCCAGAUUACUGCAAGGCGGUGCGACGGCAAUGGUCACCGUCGCAGGUCUCGCGCUCUUGACAGACUCCGUUUCGUUCGACAACCUCGGCCAGGUGAUCGGCUACCUAGGCUCCUCUGUUGCGCUGGGGUUCCUGCUUGGUCCGUUGAUAGGGGGAAUUCUCUACGAGAAAUCGGGAUACCAGGCGGUGUUUGCGAUGGCGUUCGUGAUUGUCGGCGUAGACUUGCUCAUGCGGGUCGCGGUGAUCGAGAAGAAGGUUGCCCGUCGGUGGCUCCUUGAGGACUCGGAGACGAGCCAGUCAGGCCCUCACGCCGGGGGGUAUAACACUUUCGGCGACGCAUCAGAACCAUCGGAUUCCGAGUCACCCAAGUCGAGGAAACCAGCCCUGUUCCUCGUCAUCUGCCAGCCACGGAUCAUGAUCUCGUCGUGGGCUCUCCUAGUCCACGGGCUCUUAUAUUCCGCUUUCGAUGCAACAAUCCCCGUAUUUGUCGAAACACGGUUCCACUGGGGCCCGCUAGGUGCAGGACUAACAUUCCUCCCUUCAGCCGUCACCGCGUUCUUCGAGCCCUACUUCGGCUACCUCUCAGACCGCUACGGCGCCCGCAAGGUAACACUAACUGGCUUCCUCGUCCUCUCCAUCCCCCUCGUCUGCCUCCGUUUCGUUGAAUCCAACACAACCUCCCACAUCGCCCUCCUCAUCACCCUACUCACCUUCAUCGGCCUCUUCAUGAACCUGUGCGUGCCCGCCCUCUACGUUGAAACCCAACAAGUUCUCGAGGACAUGGAGCGCGAGCGCCCAGGCAUCUUCGGCAAGAAGGGUGCCGUGGCGCAGGCGUUCGGCGUACAAACCAUGGCGCAAUUUCUGGGGCUCUUUGUGGGCCCACUUUGGGGUGGAUUCAUUGAGUAUCGUUUCGGAUGGAAGAAUAUGUCCUGGACGUUGGCAUUGUUAGCCGGGUUGACUGCUGUUCCCAUGUUAUGGCUUAGUAAUGGGGGUGAUAAGGUGAGGAGAGAGGAGGAGGAGGAGAGGGAGAGGGAAAGGUUACUGGAUGGGGAUGGUGCAUAG